AAAUCACUCAUUUUGAUUAGAAUCGUAAAAUUAGCCUUUCAAAUGAAAGUGGCAACAGUGCAUUGCAUAAUAUUUGGUUAUGUAUAUUCUCCCUACUCAACCCCUCUCUGUUUAUUCUUUUCUUUCUGAAGUCGCGUUAAAUGUGGAUUGUAGGUUACUGUUCUGUGAUUGUAGGCGCUCACUGAUCAUGGCAGCAGGUCCUACUAACCUUGCAAAUUCUGAUAAUUUAAAUACAAAAAAUGGUAACUUUAUUUGCGGGGUUAUAGAGGGUUUCUAUGGCAGACCAUGGACAACGGAGCAAAGGAAAGAUUUAUUUCAAAAAUUGAAGAAAUGGGGCUUAGAUUCGUACGUAUAUGCCCCAAAAGAUGAUUACAAGCACAGAGCGUACUGGCGGGAGUUGUACACAGUGGAAGAAGCCGAGCAUCUAACCGGCUUGAUUUCUGCGGCCAAAGAACACAAUGUUACAUUUUAUUACGCGUUAUCGCCCGGUUUAGAUGUAACCUAUAGUAGUACAAAAGAAAUAACAGCCUUAAAAAGAAAAUUAGAACAAGUAGCACAAUUUGGUUGUACGGCAUUUGCGUUAUUAUUCGAUGAUAUUGAACCGGAAAUGUCCGAGGCCGAUAAGGAGAUAUUCCAAUCGUUUGCUCAUGCACAAGUUUCUGUUACAAAUGAAAUUUAUCAACAUUUAGGUCAACCCAAGUUUCUAUUGUGUCCUACGCAGUAUUGUGAAUCGCGAGCGAUGCCAAAUGUUACCAACUCCGAGUAUUUAAAUACGCUAGGUUCAAAACUUGCACAAGAAAUCGACGUAAUGUGGACUGGUCCCAAAGUAGUUUCGAGGAUAUUAACAGCCGAUUCAAUACAGAAGAUUACAGAUGUCCUACGGAGACCUCCAGUUAUUUGGGAUAAUAUUCAUGCGAAUGAUUAUGACCAAAAAAGAGUAUUUUUAGGACCGUACUCGGGGAGAUCGCCUGAUUUGAUUCCUAAGCUACGAGGUGUAUUGACUAAUCCUAACUGUGAAUAUGGUGCCAAUUUUAUUGCCAUACACACACUUUCGCAAUGGUCACGGUGCAAUGUAAAUGGACAGAGAGAUUUAACUCUGAGUAAGUGUCUGAUGUAUACACUAUACAGGGCGGAUUUUUCAAGUGUGCAUUAAACUUACCUGAUAGACGAAUUUGUUUCCGUGUAAACUGUCACAUAGUGUUAACCAGUAACAUGAAAAACCAGAGGUUAGGGUCAGGUAUAAAUGACAAUUUUGAUGUAGGUACUUUAAUUCAAACUAAGGUGUGUACUCGGGUGUGUAUGACUCAUCACAUGUGUCAGUGGCGGAACAACGUAGCCACGGGCCUGUGUACGAAAUUUUUUGCCGCGCCCCAUUAUGAUACGAAGUAUUGAUAACAAUAUUAAUUUAGGUAUGAAUUUUGGCUACAAAAAAAAACUAAUUGAUAAAUAUUCCUGAACCUGAACAUAGAAAAAUACGAGGAAAAAUAUGU